AUGGUUCAGUCUACCGUUCUCGGUUACCCCCGUGUCGGCACCAACCGUGCCGCCAAGAAGGCCACUGAAGGCUACUGGGCCGGCAAGGUCACCGAGCAGGAGCUCCAGGACGCCCACAAGGCCAUCCGCAAGGAGCGCUGGGAGACCCUCAAGGAGGCCGGCGUCGACUUCAUCCCCUCUGGCGGCGAGUACACCUUGUACGACUCCCUGCUCGACCACUCGUUCAACUUCGGUGUGAUCCCCCAGCGUUUCGUCGACCAGAAGCUCUCGGACGUCGACACCUACUUCGCCAUGGGCCGUGGUCACCAGGACCGCGCCAAGGGCAUUGACGUCGCCGCCAACGAGAUGGGCAAGUUCUUCGACUCGAACUACCACAUCGUCAAGGUCGACCACACUGCCGACCAGGAGUUCACCCUCAAGCGCAACCAGGCCCUCGAGGAGUACGAGGAGGCCAAGGCCCUCGGCAUUGAGACCCGCCCCGUCCUCUUCGGCCCCGUCACCUACCUUUCGCUUGUCCGCAAGGCCCGUGACGCCCCCGCCGACUUCAAGCCCAUUGCUCUCCUUGACAAGCUCCUCCCUAUCUACGUCGAGGUCCUCGAGUCGCUCAAGAAGGCCGGCGCCAAGGAGGUUCAGCUCGACGAGCAGAUUCUCGUCACCGACCAGGGAGAGGCCCUCGCCGCCGAGUUCAAGAAGGCUUACGCUGAGCUCGCCAAGGUUGGCCUCCCCAUCACCCUCACCACUGCCUACGGCCGUGUUGGCAAGUCGAUCGAGUUCAUCAAGGACCUCCCCAUCUCGACGCUCCACAUCGACCUUGACCGUGAGCCCAAGCAGCUCGACGCCGUCAUCGCCGCCAUCAAGCCCACCAAGAUCAACCUCGAGCUUGGUCUCAUCUCUGGCCGUAACAUCUGGAAGAACGACCUGAACGCCUCCAAGGCCCUUGCCGAGAAGGCCGUUGCCGAGCUCGGCUCGGACCGCGUCCGUGUCGGCACCUCGUCGUCGCUCCUCCACACCCCCCUCACCAUCGCCGUCGAGAACAAGCUCACCCCCGAGCAGCUCUCGUGGCUCUCGUUCGCCAAGGAGAAGGCUGGUGAGGUCACUGCCCUCGCCGCUGCCCUCAACGGCAAGGAGUCGGCUGCCUUUGAGCAGAACGCCAAGGACAUUGCCGCUCGUCGCGAGUUCGAGCGCACCUCGGACUCUGCUGUCCGUGACCGCGUUGCCGCCAUCACCCCCGAGCAGCUCAAGCGCAAGGCCGAGUUCCCCGUCCGUCGCGAGGCCCAGAAGGCCAAGCUCAACCUCCCCAAGUUCCCCACCACCACCAUCGGCUCGUUCCCCCAGACCAAGGAGAUCCGUGUCGCUCGUGCCAAGUUCGGCAAGGGUGAGCUCACCAAGGAGCAGUACGAGACCGCCAUGGAGGACGAGAUCAAGUCGGUCGUUGCCAUCCAGAACCGUCUUGGCCUUGACCUCCUCGUCCACGGCGAGCCCGAGCGUAACGACAUGGUCCAGUACUUCGGCGAGCAGCUCACUGGCUUCAUCUUCACUCAGCUCGGUUGGGUCCAGUCGUACGGCACCCGUUACGUCCGUCCCCCCAUUGUUGUCUCGGACGUCUCGCGCCCUGCCCCCAUGACCGUCCGCUGGUCGGCUUACGCCCAGUCGGUCUCGGAGAAGCCCAUGAAGGGCAUGCUUACCGGCCCCGUCACCAUCCUCAACUGGUCGUUCCCCCGUGCCGACAUCAGCAAGGAGGUCCAGUCCAAGCAGCUCGCCCUUGCCCUCCGUGACGAGGUUGUCGACCUCGCCGAGGCCGGCAUCCGCGCCAUCCAGGUCGACGAGCCCGCUAUCCGUGAGGGUCUCCCCCUCCGUCGCGAGGACUGGGACGCCUACCUCACCUGGGCCGUUGACUCGUUCCGUCUCUCCACCUCGGGUGUCGAGAACGACGUCCAGGUCCACUCGCACUUCUGCUACUCGGACUUCGGAGACAUCUUCCCCCACAUCCAGCGUCUUGACGCCGACGUCAUCUCGAUCGAGGCCUCCAAGGCCGACCUCAAGCUCCUUGACAUCUUCAAGCAGCACGGCUACUCGAACGAGAUCGGCCCCGGUGUCUACGACAUCCACUCGCCCCGUGUCCCCUCCGAGCAGGAGAUCAAGGACCGCCUCAAGGCCUUUGCCGAGGUUAUCCCUGCCGACCUCCUCAUUGUCAACCCCGACUGUGGUCUCAAGACCCGUGCUUGGAAGGAGACUGAGGAGUCGCUCACCAACCUUGUCAACGCUGCCAAGUGGGCCCGCGAGAACCUCCAGUAA